GCUUCAGACCGUAUCAUCAUCGCGCUCUCAGCAUCACAAUUCUCGAGCAUUCAUCCUUUUCCCUGUCAAAUGUCGCUGAUAGUACGGUCUGGAAGAACUUGGAGACCAUGCCAGUGGGUGCGGCUUGCAACUCGAAUGUCGUUACCACAUCCCUUCGCCGCGUGUUUCCUGAGACCUGCUACCAGUUGUGUCAACAGUUCGACGUUCUUUCAGGGAAGCGCACGAUGCAAAUAUUGCACCUUUACGCAAAGAAUCUUCCCAAAAACACAUCCUGGAUAUCCUAUUUAUUUAUUCAGUCACUGUGGUUAAAAGUACACCUGAUUU